ACACUUUUCAAAAACCCAGCAGCACCCCGGACGCCCUUCAAACUAGGGCGGAGUUUUGGUGCAAUGGAGUUGUGGGCAUCAUUUAGUCUGUAAUACUGUGUAGGAAAUAAAUAAUCAAAAAGUCUCAUCAUCAUGCAAGAAGAAACUGAUAAUAAGCAAUAUUUGGAGUUCGAAGUGAAAAUUGUAAAACCGGAUUUUAUAAAAAUGGAGCCAGUUGAGAAUGAGGAGGUUUCUGUCAAAACUGAACAGGAAGAGACCAACAUUGUUCAAGAACAAGAACCAGAGAUGGUUUCUGUCAAAAUAGAACCAGUAGAGGAACCGCUUACUAGAGCUGCAGAAUGUGAAGAUCUCCCUAUUAGUAACAUGUUGGAGUGUGUUAUAGCAGAGGGGAAAGAUGAUCGCUCUAGGAUAGCCGGCAAACAGUCAAACUCAAACACAAAAAGUCCAGUUAUUGAAAUUGAGUUAAUACCAGUGAUCAAGUCUGAACCAGAUGAUAACACAGAUAAUGAGUUGGGAGAGAAAUGUGAUGAUGGGGCAAGGGGUAUUCCAAGUGAAAAAACUGAUCACGUUACAAAAAAUUAUAGUGACUCCGUUGACUCCAAAUCAGAAAUAUGUUCAAAUAUUAAAAAGCAGUUGCGCAAGAGUAAAAAACGCUGUGAAGAUAUCGACGGCACCAAAAAACGAAACAAAACCUACACGUACACUUGCGACGUUUGCAACAAGAAUUACACUCGAUCCAAUCAUUUAAAAAGACAUAUGCUAAGCCACACAGGCGAGAGACCGCACUCCUGUCACGUUUGCGACAAAAAAUUCACCACCGCCAGCUCCUUAAAAGACCAUAUAAGAAUACACAUAGGUGAGAAACCCUGCAGCUGUGACGUUUGCGGUAAAAGCUUCUAUACGACGCAGGAUGUAAAGCGACAUAAAGUGAUGCACAGUGACCACAAGAAGCACAAAUGUGACAUUUGCGACAAGCGGUUCGCUUGGUCGGGGAAUUUGAAGGCGCAUAAGAAAACACACACAGGUCCAAGCCCGUGCACCAAUAAGAAUCCGUUCACCUACCUGAACCCCGAUAAGCAGGUAGGCGUGAAACUGCACGCGUGCGAAAUAUGCAACGAAACGUUCACAGCGUCUGCGUUUUUGAAAACGCACAUGCGUCUCCAUUCCGCGGAAAAGGAGUUUAAGUGUGAUACCUGCGGUAAGAAGUUCGCCAGUUCGAUCAGUUUGAAAAAACAUCAGUUGGUACAUACGGGCGAAAGAGCGUACGCGUGUGAGACAUGCGGCAAACGAUUCGCGUACAACAGCCAUUUGAACGAUCACAAGCUUAUACACACUGGCGACAAACCGUUCCCAUGUGAAAUUUGCAGCAAAAAAUUCAGAUAUAACAGGCAGUUAAAUAUGCACAAGCUGUCACAUACGGACGAUAAACCGCACGCGUGCGAAUUCUGCGGCAAGAAAUUCAUCCAGUUGGGCGACUUGCGACGGCAUAUACAGGUGCAUACCGGCGAAAAAACGUACAGAUGUGACGUCUGUUCUAGAACUUUUAUACAGCUUUAUCGUCUAAAAAGGCAUAAAUGUGUUACUCAAGACCAAGAUGCGACGUAACAUCGACAUUUAAGCAACCUGUAUAAGUAUGGAGCUUUCAAAGCUAAAUAAGGACGAACGACGCCAUCGUGUCAAGUUAUAUUAUAGCUGUUUUACAUAAAGUUGCUUACAAUGAAGUGUAUUCAUUCUGCGCC